AUGACGUGAGUGCUAACUUUGACACCUCAUUAACAAGUAUCAGAUAACUUCGUUUAGUUGCGGAGAAGUCUUCACAUUUACUCCCUCGUCUGUGUAUUUCAACGCCUUAACGCAAAGUAAUUAUGUUUAAAGAUUUUACACCUUUCAUUGAUACCUUAUGUAAUGUAAUAUAUUGCUAAUUUCUAACAAGAACAGGAGACGUUUCGCUUUCAAAUAAAAAGUUAGCUACACAGACCUUGGUAACUAACGUUAGCUAGCUACUAACGUUAGCAUGCUAGCUAACUCUUUAGCUGGUGUUACAUAACAUCUAAUAGCACUAAUGAAAAACAAAUGGCUAAUGUUAGCUACAUACACUAUUGAACCACACAGUUUAAAGCAGGUUACUGUAGCUAGUUGACUUAGAUGAUGGCUUGGCUCCUGUGUGGAUUCAACUUUGGAACUAACGUGUGUGUGUGUAAAAUACACUUCUUAUUUUCUCUUUCGGUACAACUAUAGGUGUUGUAAGAGUGAUUGCACCACUGAGACUGAUACCAUGUCUGAUUUGGUGGACAAUAGUGCAGGUUACCAAGGGGAUCAUGUGGAUGCCAAAGGGAUAGCUGGACAAGGGUAAGGCGAUGCAUUUCUUAUGUCAACCCUAUCAGCUGCCCAAAUAAUAGAGGGUGGGCAUCAAAAUCAAAUGUACAGUGCCUUCAGAAAGUAUUAAUACCCCUUGACUUAUUCCACAUUUUGUUGUAUUACAGCCCGAAUUCAAAAUGUAUUAUUUUUUCUCACACAUCUACACACUACCCCAUAAUGACAAAGUGAACUUCUUUUUAGAAAUGUUAGCAUAUUUACAGAAAAAUUAAAUACAGAAAUAUCUCAUUUACAUAUGUAUUCACACCCCUGAGUCAGUCUUUCUGGCUACGUCUUAAGAACGUUCCACACCUGAAUUGUGCAACAUUUGCCCAUUAUUAUUUUCAAAAUUCUUCAAGAUCUGUCAAAUUAGUUGAUGAUCAUUGUUAGACAACCAUUUGCAGGUCUUGCCAUAGAUUUUCAAGCAGAUUUAAGUCAACUGCAACUGGGCCACUCAGGAACAUUCACUGUCUUCUUGGUAAGCAACUCCAGUGUAGAUUUGGUGUCUGGUGGAAAGGUGACUGAACCAGGUUUUCCUCUAUGAUUUUGCCUGUGCUUAGCUCCAUUCCGUUUAUUUUUUAUCAUGAAAAACUCCCCAGUCCUUAACGUUACAAGCAUGCUGUUAACAUGAUGCAGCCACCACUAUGAUUGACGAUUUGGAGAGUGGUACUCAGGAAUGUGUUGUAUAUGAUUUGCCCCAAACAUAACACUAUGUAUUCAGGACAAAAAGUUAAUUGCUUUCCCAAUUUUUUUGCAGCAUUACUUUAGUUCAUUGUUGCAAACAGGAACCAUGUUUUGGAAUAUUUGUAUUCUGUACAUGCUUCCUUCUUUUCACUCUGUCAAUUAGGUCAGUGUUGUGGAGUAACUACAAUGUUAAACACUAUUAUUUCACACAGUGAGUCCAUGCAACUUAUGUGACUUGUUAAGCAUAUUUUUACUCCUGAACUUAUUUAGGCUUGCCAUAACAAAUGGGUUGAAUAAGUAUUGACUCAAGACAUUUCAGCUUUUCAUAUUUUAUUAAUUAGUACACAUUUUGAAAAACAUCAUUCCACUUUGACAUUAUGGGGUAUUGUGUGUAGGCCAGUGACAAAACAUUUCAAUUGAAUCUAUUUUAAAUUCAGGCUGUAACACAACAAAGUGUGGAAAAAGUCAAGAGGUGUGAAUACUUUCUGAAGGCACGGUAUUUGAUAUGAUUUUUUAUUUAGAUACCCAUUGGGACGGUAUGCACUGGGCCAGUGAGUCUCUUUUUACAUAGUUCUAUCAGCUGUCACAUUCUGUAAAAGCAUCUUUUCAUUUUACCCCUGAAUAGUGUCAGACAAAUGAUUUUCUCAGCUGCAUUAGCAUGCAAUGUGACACUCAUGUCUGAUCAUAAGCCAAAACCUGCUGUCAUUGUGUCUUCAAGCAUGGUCAAACAACAUGCAUUUUCAACAUACCUGUGAAGCCAGUUUAACAUGGACAGUGAAAAGUGCAUGUAGACAUUUUAAUUGCUCUGCAAGGACUCCUGCAAUGUAUAAUUGUCCGCCCACUGUGCCUCAGCCGAUUCAGUGUUAAAAGGAACUUGUUCCUUUUUGCUCCAGGCUGAAAGGUCUCUCAGUGCCAAGGUUCAGUACAGAUAAUCAUGAAGUAGAUGUUAAGCCUCCGGCUGACAUGUACACAUAUAAGAUGAACUACCCCAGCCUUGGACAGUGUGUCAUCAUCAACAACAAGAACUUUGACAAGAGCACAGGUAGGCCUAAGUGUGUAUGAUGUAUUUUUGUCCAUUUCACUUGUUUAGGUUAUGAUGGUAUGUCCAAUUCUGUUAUCUACACUUCAUUGGUUUAUUUCCCUUUAAAGGAAUGAGCUUUCGCAAUGGAACAGACGUGGAUGCAGGACAUGCGAUGAAAGUGUUCUCGAGUUUGGGGUACAAAGUGAAGGUUGCCACUGACCAGACUGUGCAACAGAUACAACAGCUGCUUUACAAUGGUAAGCUCAGCAGUUGUGAUGUGAGUGUCCGAGUUAGAUUGUCUUUCUUUCUGGAGUCAUUUGAGAAGUUUCUUUCUGAUAAUCUACAAAUAAGUUGCAGUAAUGGUGGUAGUAGUGAUGUGACAUCUGGCUAAAUUUGAUCAACUGAAGGAAAUCUCUUUUUAAUGAUAAGUUUGACUUCAAGAGCCACUUUAAACUGUGUGUGUGUAUAUGACAUUUUCAGUGUCUCAAGUUGACCACAGCCAGUCGGCCUCCUUUGUGUGUGUGAUGCUGAGCCAUGGAGACGAGGGGGUGUUCUAUGGCACAGAUGGCAACGUAGAACUCAAGAAGCUCACUGGCCUCUUUAGGGGCGACCGCUGCAAAACGCUGGUGGGCAAGCCCAAACUCUUCUUCAUCCAGGUACUGUAAGGUUUUAGCUGCCUGCUCAAAAUUUCAAUACUGAAGUGAUGAACAUUUAUUUGUGUGUCUUAUAGUCAGUGGUACAUUGCGAAGAGUAGCCUCUCUUCCCCUGACCCUUAACCCCUGAUCCUUCCUGUGGGCCUGGUGAGUAGGCGUGCCGUGGCAAUGACCUGGAUGGUGGCAUAGAGACAGAUGCCGUUGCUGAUGACUCUCCAGAGAGGAUUCCUGUUGAGGCAGACUUUCUCUAUGCUUAUUCUACAGCCCCAGGUAAUAAACCCUGUUUUAUUAAUGCCCCACUUUGACAUACUUUUAAGGCCCAUGGCAGUCAAAAACGUGAUUUUCCUGUGUUUUAUAUUUAUUUCCACACUGAGGUUGUAAUAACUGUGAAAAUGAUAAUGCCCUUUUUAGUGUAAGAGAUGUUUGAAAAGACCGCCUGAAAUUUCUGCCUGUUUUGGUAGAUGGAGUUUUGCCUACCUGGUGUCAUCACCAGGCAGUAAAUUGGUUAAUAAGCCAAUAAGAAAUAGUUCCAAACCUCUCUGCCAAUAACUCGUUUUCAGUUUUCCUCUCCCCACUUAGACCACUCCCAGACAGUCCUAGCAAAAUUCUAGUUUGAGAAUUUGCUCUUUGCUAAGAAGCUAUUUUUUUUAAUUAACAAUUUUAAUUGAAAACAAUCGCAGUAAGGUACUUGUUAUCCAGAAAUGAUUUGAUAUUGAGAUCAAAACGUCUGCAUUCAUGCAUACUACAUAUGUUACCUUUACAUGGUACAUUGGUAUGUUACAUAGUACUUACAACUGAUAUCUGUUAUAACUUUUACACACAAACUGCAAACCGGUAUGACAGUAGACUGUAAGCCUACUACUAUAGCAAUGUAUACUAGUAUGGGAAUUGCACUGUACCUAUUUAUAAUAAUAUAAUAAUAUGCCAUUUAGCAGAUGCUUUUAUCCAAAGCGACUUACAGUCAUGUGUGCAUACAUUUAGAGAGGUUGUAGCAAUGUACAACAUUACUACAGGGUUGGUCUGAUUGGUUUGUGACAUCCAUGCCUCUCCAUAGGCUACUACUCCUGGAGGAACACCCAGAAGGGCUCCUGGUUCAUGCAGGCCCUCUGUGAGAUGUUACAAAGGUACGGCAAACAGCUGGAGAUCAUGCAGAUCAUGACACGUGUCAACCACAAGGUGGCACUUGACUUCGAGUCGUUCUCCGAAAUGCCCGGCUUCUCUGCCAAAAAGCAGAUCCCUUGCAUUGUGUCUAUGUUGACCAAAGAUCUCUACUUUCCGCAUUGAUUUGAUAUUUUCGUUUAGACAUUACUAUGACUUGAUUGUGUAUCCUAUGGGACCAUUUGAACUAUGUGUACAAUGUUUACUGGACUUCUAAGUAGUGCUGAGCGAUUAACCAAAAUGUCUAAACAACCAAUUGACCAAUGAUUUUAAUUCCAUUUAUGCGCAUGUUCUCUAGAGAUAAACCAGAUCAAGCCCGAACUGUGAUGUAGUAGGUAGUUGUAGUUUCCAACAGGCCAAUAUUCUACAUAGUUUAGCGCAGAAAACAUGGUAAUUAACUACA